CACCCCAUGAAUUUUAAUCGUCCCGCCGCGUUGGGAGUUACCACGACAACCGUGAAAGUGUCUGUCCAAAAAGGUCCCUGGCAACCGUUGUGGUGUGCAACAGGAUUGAAAAGAUAACUGCUCUCAAAAACCAGAUUGUUUGCAAGAAAAGAUUGUAAAAGCCUGGGAGGAAGUGAUGUGUGCGAUGCAGCAGGCCUUUGCUCACAGGAGGGAGGGUGACAGUGACGCUGUGAGCAACAGCACGGACACCUCCUGCUGGUCCACUCCCUCCAGACUGUGCUGUGGCUCUAAUACUCCACACUACUCAUCUGACUUUGAAGACCAAACUGACUCACUUACACACAAGACCCCAGAAGCCAAGACAUCAGACAAGUGUCAAGAAUCAAAGCCAUCCGGAAGAACAAAAGCUAAAAAAGCACAAGGGGACCACAAGCAGAAGACAAACAACACUGCAAACCACCAGCUCCUAAAGUUGCCUCCGAUCAAGCCCCUACAAGUGUCAUCGCCGAGGAGCCAGUCUGCCGACUUGAACUGCAUCAGGGAGCUGAAGAGCCAGGUGUGGGAUCUGCAGCACCAGCUGAGUGAAGCCAGGACGGAGAAUAAACUGCUGAAGAGGCUCCAGCACCGCCACAUGGUGGCACUGCAGCAUUUCCAAGACUCAGAGAGCAGCAUUGCUCAGAUCCUAACCAAGCACAGCAACGAGGCCAGAGUCCUGCAGGGGUUGCUUCGUGAGACCCGCACAUGCCGUGACAACCUGGCAAGGCAGCUCCAGGCUACAGGCAACAAGCUGUUGAAUGCUAAGGCCAGUCUCCAGCACCUGCAGCUGCUCAGCCAGGAUCACAGUCUGCUGGAGAGGGAGGAACUUACUCUCAGGUUGGCCAAGGCCACUGCCGAGCUGGAGGAGAAGGACAAGAGGAUACUGGCCUUAGAAAGAAAUCUUGAGUUGUGCAAAGCUUCAUUCAAUCGCCAAAUAACCAUUGAACAUAGAAAGAUCAGCAAGGCAAGAAAGAUUUCCUGCUAUCUGCAAGAGCAGAUAUAUCAAUUAACCAAGGAAAUCCAAGAUAGAGAGCGAGAGCUGGAAACACACAACAUUUACUCCCACAGAUUCCUAAAAGGAUCUAACCAAAAAGGCAGAGAAAGCAAGAUGGUUCAAACAGAUGGAUUAGUCCUUAAUUCCACUGAGGCUGCCAGUCUUUUGGAGUUACAGUAUUGUGAGACUGAACAGAGGCUGGAAGAGCAGGAGAGCUCCGUGAACUGGUGUUGUUGCAAUCACUGUCCCGUGCAGGAGUCUUUUGCUACUGAAUAUCCGGAAACAGAGGUUUCCGUAAAUGUCACAUCAGAAAAAGAAACUGGAAGACCUGGAACUGGAGGACUGGAUCACCUGGAAGAAACUGAGACUGAGAGAUGUGCAGACACUGUUGAGCAGAAUGGUUGUUCAGGAGAAAACCCAGAGCUUCAAAUUGAGAGAGACGGUACUGAAGAAGAAGAGGCAGUAGAUGCCCCACAGGAGUUAGAAGAAGAGCACACAGAGGAACAUGAAGGACAGGUGUCCACCAUUUUGGAGGAAUCUCUGAACACAACUGAACCUAAGUGCAAAGGAUACAAGCUACCCAAAACCAAACGCAACUACUCCUUCAAACAAACUAUUGAGAACCUGCACAGCGGAAGACCUGCCUAUAGUAGUGUGGACACGACACAGGACAGGAUGAGGGUGGAUGGUCGAGACCCUCAACAGUGGGAUUUGUAAACCUACCAGCUGGGAAAUGCAGGAAAGAUGGAGUAAGCAGUGAUUAACAAGACAGAGUAGGUUGAUGUGUAUUCACUGAACUGUAGAAUGGACAGUCUUUCAGUCAGAAGAGGAAAUUUUGACUUUAGUGGCAGCGGACUGGGAGUUUAUCAUACUGAAGUAUUUCUCUGAGUAAACAAUCUUAUCUAAGAGCUACACACAACACAUUGUGGUUAUCUGUUUUGUUUUGUUUUUUUUAAAUCUAUUUCAGUUUUACGUCAAGAAAACCACCUGACUUGUGUUUGUGUUUGCUGGACAAUUCCCAAUUUGCAAAGUUUCAAUAAAUAGAGGCUUUUC